GUGCUAAGGAAGCAAGAUAGUGUCCCUGUAAUACUGAUGGUAAUGGAUUUGUCGGGGAAGUCUGUGAUAGUAACUGGAGGCAACGUGGGAAUAGGAAGACCUACUGCCUUGGAGCUUGCUAGGUUGGGGGCUAAUGUGACCAUUAUUGGGAGAAAUGAAGCAACUUGCAGUGAGGCUGUUAAUGAGAUCAUUGAAUCUACUGGUAAUCAAAAGGUUGACUUCAAAAUAGUGGAUCUCGCAUCGUUUUCCGGGAUUCAAAAGUUUGCUGAUGAAUACAAAGCAACUCACACAGAACUAGACAUACUUGUAAAUAACGCUGGUGUUGUUACUCCCCCAUUUAAUGAAACUGAGCAGGGAAUCGAGGCAACUACUGGGAUCAACUAUCUUGGACACUUUUUCUUAACUCACUUGUUAAAAGACCUCUUGAUCUCAGUAAAGGGUAGAGUAGUGGUUGUAGCCUCUGAUGCAUACGCAAGUGGCAGAAUAACGCUUGACAUGAUGGAAGGAGAAAACCCAGCAAUAUUCAAACCAGUUGCUAAGUCAGGGUUACUACAGUAUGGUUUAAGCAACACUUGUCGUGUGCUGUUUGCAAAGGAAUUGAUAGAGCAAUAUCCUGACCUAACCUGCGUGUCCCUACAUCCAGGAGUAGUGAAAACAAACCUUGCUCGCUCUAUGGGCAGCUGUUUUCAAUGCAUAAUUGGUAAAUGUUUUGCACCCUGUCUAAAGUCCCCUGAUGAAGGAGCUGUUACUACGCUACAUUGUGCUACAACUGAUGUAAGUGCAGGUAAUGGGAUGUACUAUAAGGAUAGUAAGAUACAGCCUGUAAAGGACGGUUUUGUAAGCAAAGAGUUACAGAAGAAGCUGUGGGAGGUAAGCAUGGUGGUUGUGGAGAAAUUUAUGAGUAAGUGAGGUCAGAGCUGUCAGAUUAACUAUUUAUAUUAGGUUUAUAUCAGAUUAAUUGUUAUGUAGAACGAGAUAUUUUUUAGAAU